GAUAAGAUUGAGGAUGAACCCAACAAAAGAAGGAACUCAGGAUUCCACGUCAAAGAAGAUGAAUGGUAUGGAUCUGAACAUGUCAAUGGUGUUAUUAUUUCCGCGAUAGUUAUCGAGCAGGAAGCAGACAUGGAAAUCAACAAGGAACCAGAUCACGAGUCUAGAAUUGAAGAGGAUAAUAUUAAGGAUGAAAAGAAAAUGAUGCUAAUAAGUGUAAAGGAUGUGAGAAAAACCAACAGAAAUUUUGACGACGAAGUCAAAUGUAUGGGUCCAGAAACAAGUAACUCGAAUCUGCCCAUAAAGAUAAUGGAUGAAAAUGUCACAAAAGCAAACAAUA